ACAUUUCCUCUAUUACACUUAUAACCCUCCCAUUGAACCAUAAUUAAGUUAAGUACUCUUUAUUUGUCACAUAUACUUUACUGCACCGUGAAAUCCUUUCUUCGCAUAUCCUAUCCUUGAGGUCAGAGCGCAGGGUCAGCUAUUAUGCAGCACCCCUGGAGCAGGGUGGGUUGGGGGCCUUGCUCAAGGGCCCAACGGUGGGGCUUGAACCCAAACCUUCCAGUCAACAACCCAGAGCUGUACCCACUUGAGCUACCACCACCCCCAUAAUGUGCUGAUGUCUAAAAAUUCUCCAUCAAACAUGACCAUAAUUUCUACUUACCUGGUGACUAUAUCAUAAUGACAUAUAUAAAGUUUAAUUGUGGUGCAUACACAUCACAUUAAUUGCUGUUACCAAAUGUCUUGAGUUAGGAUACUUCUGAAUUUUUCUAGACCACUAAAAGUGCUCAUUAAGAAAAAUAUAGAAUUGUAUAAAUAAGGAAGGCUGGGAUUGAUUUUUUUUGUAGACCAGACUGUAUAAAAAUGAACUGCAUAUAUAAAAUAUGAUCCCUAGUCAUUAUAGUGAAUGUGAAAGGGAAAUAUUAUUAUGUUAGCUGUUUGUCUGUUCUUUAAGUGUUAAGUGAAUCUGUGUUUCUUUUUCCUGACAAGUAAGAACAGUCCUCAGUGAUGCCGGAAGAAGACAAAGGAACUAAAGUAUCAAUUUAUAACAGUGAUUAAGCCAUGUAGCCUGAAGAGCGCCUUGCAUGAUUGCACCACAAUGUGUCACGGUGCAUUGUGACGAAGAUGUUUGCAAGAUAUUCCAUGUGUAUUAUUCAUAAGUGUAUUCAGGGUAACUGCAUUAAUAUUACUUCCCCUAUCUUGAAUGAAUAUAAAGGAUCUUGGCCUGAAUAUGUCCAGUGUAGAGGAAGGACAGUAGAGUAAAGACAUUCCCAAACAGUAUAGCUCUCAUCAGCAAAGAUGGAUUUCGCUCUGACUUCUCGCCAGUUGGUCUUUCUUUUUUGCAUUAUAACACUUCUUUUCAGCUGUGUGCUUGGAGUGCGCUCCAGUGACAGCAAGCCACAAACAUGUUGUGCACAAACUACUGGUGGACAUGUUUCAUCUGCACAUGUAAAAAAUUGUGCCUAUACUGAGAAAAAAGGCAGAUGUCUUGAGGCCUAUGUGUUUUUGUUCAAUAAUGGGAAACUGCAUUGCAGCAGUGUAAACGCAAAAGGGAUCAAUGCAACACUGGCAAAAUUAGAAAAGAAAGGAAUACAAUGCGUGGGCAGGCCCCAGAGCUGACAUCUGCGAGUUCCAGCUGUUAUGCUGCACAAAAACAGUUCUGCUUAAAUGCCAGUACCCUGGAAGGACAAAAAUGUCAAAAAGAUUUGAUGUAUUUUUCUAUUAUUUCUGCAAUUAUUUAUUUAAUUUUAUGUUGAACACAAAAUACAUGUGUAUUCUAUAUUUAUCUAAUAUUUAAUUUACAAGCAUUGUCUGUAUUUAUUUAUUUUGUGAUGUG